AUGGACACUGACAGUUUGAUAAGAAUAUGCAGUACAGGUUUCAAACCAGAAGCAAUCGCCGAGGCUAAACGUCUUCUUUACGAAUCCAUUGGGGACGAGAAUGCAAAAAUGAUAUCCAGAAGGAAAGAGAAGGAGAAAAAAGAUCUAGAGGAUAUGAUCACCCUGCUUCACAAUACUAGUGCAGAAAAAAUUCCAAUAUUCGUUGCGAAAGACCUGCAUCUCUUGCCACCAGUUAACUUUGAUCACCUGGACGCGACUAGAUUGUUGAAGGACCUGUUGAUUUUACAGUCGCAAGUUCGUGAUAUCCGGGAGACCUUUGUGACAAAAGAAGACCUAAAUGUGUUAAAAAGUGAAGUGCAAAAUCAAAAUAAAGCGCUUAAUUCAAUCACAAAUUCUAUGUCUUCAUUCGCUAACGUAAAUUAUAAAAGAGGUGCAUAUUUAUUUGACGGUAGCAGCGGUCCGAUGGGAAUGACAUUCAACAGCUCAGCGGUGUCGGUGACCGAGCGCGAUGACGUCGAUGAACUUGAGCAAGCGCGCGUUCCCUUAUCAACUACGGUGCGGCCGCAUAUAUCCAUCCCACCUCAACUGCCUAGUGACUCGCGGCCGCGGCCGGCGCAGGAGCAGCAGAGAGAUAAGGAACCGGUCGCGAUUGUUACUAAGGAGCUAAUGCAAAACUCAACGCUAAUAAGCAACUCUAAUGACUUGGAACACAGGUCACUAAUUGAAAAUAAGCCGGAGGAAAAAUUGACAUACUCGGAUGUUCUGCAAAAGGAAGGGGAAUGGAAGUACACAGACGAAGGUAGUGAGGGAGAAUGGAUUUUAAAUGAAAAGAGAAAACGAUAUAGAAACCAGUUUGUCAGUAGCACCGGUAAGGCGACAAUUGCGAGAGAUGCGAAAUUUAAGCCAGCGGAGAUUAAAAUACCGCUGUUUAUCUCAAACGUUCAUACCGAUGUGUCAGAAAAUGAUGUUGUAAAUUACAUUUAUGAGAAAACGAAUGAAAGAGUCUCACUAUCGAAGCUUUCAAUGAAAAGAGACAAGGGUUACAACUCUUAUAAAGCAUACGUAGAUAGGACUAAAUUGAAUAUCUAUUUAGAUGACAAUAUGUGGCCGGCGGGGAUUACUUUCAGGCGAUUUGUUACAAUAAGGAGGACGGACAAGGCGGAGAUAAGAACGAGUGAACAGCGGGCGUGUAAUAAUAAUAACAAAUAA